GGAACUAUGAACCGUUGGGUCUGGCCCCAGGGUCCCAGGUUUGGGUUUCGAUGGCGGCCGCCUUGUCCUCAGAUGGGCCGGGUGACUCUCUUGCCCCCCAUCCCCAAACUGAACGUGCUUGGUGCCGGGAUUUAUCAUGUGGCCGCUUUGGCCCCCGAUACAUAAAGCAGCCUGGGAGUUCCCUCCACCCUAUUGUGGCGCCUGGGGCUGUCGACUCUCAGACCGUAUACAGAAACACCGAAGGAAUCGAAAGAACCGAGUCCUCCCAGCAGAGUCUGCCCACCGGGGUUGAAGAAACCCUUCCAGACCGGGCGCUGGUGGAUUUUGAAUGCUUCUAAGCGUCAUCGUCCCAGAGGAGGCGGCGGGACUGUCUUUAAAAAUAAAAAGGGAACCUUCAUCAGGAGGAAGGUCGGGCCAUUAGCCAUGAAAAGGAGACGUAAAGUCCCACCAAUCGGAGAAAUAUUUUGAGCUUCCUGAAACCUGGACAAUCCCUAGCGAGAGGAAAAGUAAUUAUUUUUCUCAAUAGUGUAUUCUGGAGAGGAAAAAUGAAUUUCACAAACUGCACCACAGAACCCAGUGUGGCUAUGAAACCCAAGACUGUCAUGGAGAAGAUGCUCAUUUCCAUGACACUAGCGGUCAUCACCACCUUGACCACCAUGCUGAACUCUGCCGUCAUCAUGGCAAUCUUCACCACCAAGAAGCUCCAUCAGCCGGCAAACUACUUAAUCUGUUCGCUGGCCGUCACGGACCUGCUGGUGGCCCUUUUGGUCAUGCCCCUGAGCAUCAUGUACAUCGUCAUGGACACCUGGACGUUGGGCUACUUUGUCUGUGAGGCGUGGCUGAGCGUGGACAUGACCUGCUGCACCUGUUCGAUCCUUCACCUCUGCGUGAUCGCCCUGGACCGCUACUGGGCGAUCACCAACGCCAUCGAAUACGCCCGGAAGAGGACCGCGAAACGGGCCGGCUUGAUGAUCCUCACCGUGUGGACGAUUUCCAUUUUCAUCUCCAUGCCUCCUCUCUUCUGGAGGAGCCACCGCAGCCUCAGCAUCCCCAGCCAGUGCACCAUCCAGCAUGACCACGUACUCUACACCAUUUACUCCACCCUGGGAGCAUUCUACAUCCCCUUGACGUUGAUCCUGAUUCUCUAUUACCGGAUUUACCAUGCGGCCAAGAGCCUUUACCAGAAACGAGGCUCCAGCCGGCACUUGAGCAACAGGAGCACGGACAGCCAGAACUCCUUCGCCAGCUGCAAGCUCACGCAGACCUUCUGCGUGUCCGAUUUCUCCACCUCGGACCCGACCACGGAGUUCGAUCGGAUCCAUGCCUCUGUCCGGAGGCCCCCCUUCGAUGGCGACUUGGACCCGGCCGGGGACCGGCAGCAGAUCUCCAGCACCCGGGAACGCAAGGCUGCUCGCAUCCUGGGGCUGAUUUUAGGGGCGUUCAUUCUGUCCUGGCUGCCAUUUUUCAUCAAGGAGCUCAUCGUGGGCCUGAGCUUUUAUACCGUGUCCUCGGACGUGGCUGACUUCCUGACAUGGCUUGGCUACGUUAACUCUCUCAUCAACCCUCUGCUCUACACUAGUUUUAAUGAAGAUUUUAAACUGGCAUUUAAAAAGCUGAUUCGGUGCCGAGAACAUUCGUGAAUACAGAGCCCUAUGCUGGGACCGUGGCAGGCUAGUCAACCUUAUGGGUGUUGAGUAGGGUCGCUCAGGACUGU